CGAAGACAGGCAGACAGGCGACAUCUUCAUGUGUAUCCAGUUCCAGUAUAAGUACUCGCUCCCUCAUGCCCCCUUCCCUUUCAUCCAAAAAAAGGAGUAAACGGAAACGAACGGCAUACAUAUACAGUGUCGGAGUGUCCUCAGUUUCUCAUCCGGUGUGGUUACUUGGAUCCUCUCUUCGAUCUCCGCAUUUGGGAGCCGUCUCCGCUACUCACCACCAUGCACAGAGAUGGAUUGGGCAGGCUGCUGCUACUCCACGUCGCCGCGCUGUCCACGGCCGCCGGCGCGGUCGCGGCUGCCGCCGUGCUGCGGCGGCAGCGGCGGCGGCGGCAGGCGAGGAAGCAGGAGUGGCCAGCCAUGCUGGAAAUGCCGAGGCUGCAGAUGGCUGAACACGGCGGCGUCGAGCACCUCGAGAAGUUCUCCCACUACGUUGCCAGGCAGCUGGGUUUCGAGGACGUUAGGGAGUGCCCGCAGCUGUGCAAAGUGGCCAACAACUACCUGAGGAAGAGCAACAACUGCCUGGACGACAUCUACGACCUCCUCGCCGACGUCCCGGACGCAGAGUCGCUCUACGUCAACCUCGUGGAGGAGCUCGACAAAUGCAUCCUUGGCUACUUUGCCUUCCACUGGGAUCUUGCCACCACUCUCAUCAGCCAGGCCUUGACCGUGGAGAGCGCCACCAGAAAGAAGUUGAGGAACUUGGUGCUGGAAGCUACCAGGAAGCAGAGGUUCGAGAGGGUGACGCGUGACCUGAAGGUGACCCGUGUGUUCUCGACGCUGGUGGAGGAGAUGAAGGCCAUCGGCAUCAGCACGGCCGGGAUGAACGGCCACGACGAUGAGGCGCCGCACGUCACCCCCGUCAUGGCUCCCGUGGCGCACAAGGACCGCAGCCCGGUGCUGCUGCUCAUGGGCGGCGGCAUGGGCGCCGGCAAGAGCACCGUGCUCAAGGAGAUACUCCAGGAGCCGUUUUGGACGGAGGCAGGGGCGAAGGCGCUGGUGGUUGAGGCGGACGCCUUCAAGGAGACGGACGUGAUCUACCGCGCCAUCAGCUCCAUGGGUCACCACAACGACAUGCUCCAGACAGCAGAGCUGGUGCACCAGUCGUCGACGGACGCUGCGUCGUCGCUGCUGGUGACGGCGCUGAACGAGGGUCGGGACGUGAUCCUGGACGGCACGCUCUCCUGGGAGCCCUUCGUCGAGCAGACCGUCGCCAUGGCCCGUGCCGUGCACCGCCAGCGCUACCGCAUGGGCGUCGGCUACAAGGUCCAAGACGACGGCACAAUCAACGAGAACUACUGGGAGCCCGUCCCCGGCCACGAGGGCGAGCAGAACGGCGGCGCGGAAGAAGAAGGGGCGAGGAAGCCGUACCGGAUCGAGGUCGUCGGCGUCGUCUGCGACGCCUACCUUGCCGUCGCAAGAGGGAUCAGGAGAGCGAUUAUAACGGGGAGAGCUGUGAGAGUGAAGUCGCAGCUCAUGUCGCACAAGAGGUUCGCGGCGAAUUUCCAGAAGUACUGCCAGCUCGUCGACGGGGCCAAGCUAUACAGUUCCAACUCCAUGGGCUCCCCACAGCUGAUCGCGUGGAAGGGCGGGAUCAACGGCAGCCUGCUGGUGGAGCCGAACGAGAUCGACUGCCUGGACAAGGUGGGCAACCUCAACGAGAAGGCCACCUCAUUGCACGACCUCUACCCGGGCGGCGCCACCACCUGCGGCUCACGCUCCAUCUGGGACGACAUGAUCGUGCCGCCGGCCCGCGCCGCCAUCCAGCGAGAGCUCCGGGACGCCAUCCGCUCCACAACAACACCAACCGCCUCCUAGCAUCCCGCGAGAUCCAUGGUUUAUACAUACGGAUCGUGCGUACUGUUGGUGGGUGUCUUUGAGAGUGCUGCAGCGUGUCAUGGGUUUUUGGUGCAGAAAAUGGGGAAAAACAGAUUCCCCGGGUACAUAUGUUGUGAAAUUUAUUUAUGGCAAGGGUGGCACUGCCUGUAAAGAUGUUGAGGCUAGUAACUUGAAGAGAAAAAUAUGUUGGCACGUUGAUUUGAGAAUGGCUCGGGUAAUUCCCUGAGCAGAGGAACACAUAUAUGGCACCGUA